AUGGUGUCUUGGGAGAAUAUUCAAGCCAGUAAUACCUCACUCAAGAAUUACGGUCCCAAUCUGGUGGGCGUAUUCGUUGGUGGCACCAGUGGCAUUGGUGAAAGUACCGCCCGUGCUUUUGUCAAAUAUGCAGUUUCUCCACGAGUGUAUCUCGUAGGGAGAAGUGAAACCAGAGCAUCCCAGAUCAUCGAGGAUCUCCGUGCCUUGAACCCAGAUGGCCAAAUCAAUUUCAUCAAGGGCGAUGUCGCCCGCCUGGAAGAAGUCGACCAGGCAUGCAAGGAGAUCCAAGCAAAAGAAGACAAGAUCAAUCUCCUGGUUCUGAGUGCUGGCAUUCUAACCAUGAAGGAAACGGACGAAGGGCUCGACAAAAAACUCAGUCUGCACUACUAUUCCCGCAUGCGAUUCUUGUACAACUUGCUCCCACAGUUGACAAACGCUUCCAAUGCCCAGGAUGCAGCUUCCGGUCAGUCCGGCUUGUCCAGAGUCCUGUCUAUUCUUGAUGCUCGGGGGAAUGCACCCCUGAUCUUGAACGACCUCUCCCUGAAAGAGAAUUACUCUCUGCGCAAUUGUGCUAAUCAUGCAAUUACUAUGACAUCUCUGUCGAUGGAAGAGCUGGCUGCCUCGUAUCCGGCUACCUCCUUUGUCCACGCGUAUCCCGGUCUUGUGAAAACGAGCUUGGCACGGGAGAGUGGGUCGCUGAUGAAGCUUGCUCUGAACGCGGUGUUUUUGUUGCUCACGCCGAUGAAUGUUCCUUUGGAAGAGAGUGGGGAGAGACAUCUUUAUGCAGGUACUAAUCCUAUGUUUUCCCCGCUGAAUUCCAAGGGCGAUGCUGCUGCGAUUGGCUCGGAUGGUAUCCAGGGCUCCGGCUCAUACCUUGUUGGCUCGGAUUCAGCCACAGUCAGUAAUCAGAAGGUGUUGGAAGGCUAUCGUGCAGAUGGGACGAGAGCUUCAAUCUGGAAGCAUACCCUUGACAUCUUCAAGGGGAUUCGCGGGGACUAG